GUACUUUGGUGACGUAACCGCCAGCCAAUAUUUGUAUUUUUGGCGGGGUGUGUUUUAAGGCUUCGUCCGUUCAGAUGCUCGAUUCUUUUUGGAAACAUUAACUUUUCAACGUUACAAUAUGGAGCGUGGAAGGAUGAGUCGAGGGACAAUGGGCAGACCAUCGGAUCUUUCUGUCUUGAGAGUGCAAGACAGCAACAGGAUGAGCAUGGUGUAUACAACGCCAAAGAGUAAACAGCCUUCCUUUGGAAAGCUGAACAUACCCAAACCGCAGUCUGUGACCUCUGAAAGACGAACCAGCUUCUUUGGUGCCCGGACUGUAGGAGCCAGCAUGCCUCGCAACAGCACCAUGUCAAGGUUUGGAGGAACGGAUAAGAUCAAAGACACCAGACCUCUGCACGAUAAAUCCUUUGUUCAGCAAUGUAUCAGGCAGCUGCAUGAGUUCUUGACUGAGCAGGGUUACCCGGGCACUUUGUUAGCCAAGACCCUCCAGUCUCCCUCUACCAAGGAGUUUGUGAAGGUGUUUGAGUUCAUCUACCGUCAGCUAGACCCAAGCUUCGAGAUGCCAAACUCAAAAGUUGAAGAGGAGGUUCCAGCUAUCCUGAAAGCCCUGAACUAUCCAUUUGUUCUCUCCAAGUCUUCAAUGUAUUCUGUUGGAGCUCCCCACACCUGGCCUCAGGCACUCGGUGCUCUCAUGUGGCUUAUUGACCAAGUAAAAAUCACCUGGCAUCUGAGUAAGCAGGAGCUGCUGUUCAGUGACUUCUGUGAAGACAAGGAUAAUAUUGAGGAGGGUGCAGAGUAUAACAAGCUCGUCCAGGACUACACAGCUGAGGCAUACUCCAAGUUCAUGCAGGGUGAAGACGCAUUUGAUGAUGUGGAUGAAUUGUUCCUCAAUAAACUAAAGAAACUGUACAACGUUGACGAGGGGCUGCUGGCCUCGAUGGAGGAGAAGUACAGAAGACUCAGUGAAGAUGUUGAACGACUGGAGAAGGAGAGCCAGGCGGACCGUCUAAUGACCAAGAGAAUGGAAAGGGUGACGCUGCAGGCAGAUCUCAAGAAGCUCCAGAGUUAUCGAAGCAACCUGGAGUCCUUUAAAGCCAACCUGGAGACAAGAGCUUCAGAACUGAGUGAUGAGCUGGAGACCACUGGCAGUCACAUGGAGUCUCUAAAACAUGAGCAAAAUGAACUGCAACUCCUCCUGCAGAAGCAGAAGUUCACUCCAGCUGAUGUCGAGAGGAUCAACAGAGAGAAGAGGGAACUCCAACAGACCAUCUCCAGUCUCAGGAAGACUCUUGAAGAUGCUGAACAGCACAAGUGGAACGAGGAGAUUGCUCUGGCCAAAGUGAAAGAGAAGGUGGAGUUGAAGGAAGCUGAGUACCACAAGGUGGCACGUAAACUGAAGCUGAUACCACUGUCAGCAGAGAAUGCCUUUGGUCAUGAUUUUGAGAUCAAGCCAUUUCGAUGUGGAUCCGGCAACAUGGUUCAACAUGGAACGCAGAUAAAGAUGCUCCUGAGAAAGCUGACCAGUGAUAUGGAUGAAGAGAGCAGUCGAUUUGCCAACAUGAAAUUCAGUCUGGAGGGGUCUAAUGAUCAGGUGAAUUCUAACAUCUUGGACAAGUCCAACGACCUAAAGCAGCUGAGAGAGAAGAUUCGCAAGCUGGAUGAACGAUUGGAUUCUGACAUGCAGGAACUUGUCCAAGAGGAACAGGAAUGGGCAGCAGAGGUGGAGGCAGCGGAGAACCAUGUUACCAUUCUUCAGAAGAAGGUUAAUUGCGGUUACGACGAGUCCGUGCAACAACUGAAGGCAGCGCAACAACAGUACCACCUGGUGCUGCAGGAGACCAACGAGGAGAGACGAACAGUAGCCAACAACCUUGCGUCUGUAUUUUCCACAGCUGCUAACCACUUGUCGAUCACAGAGAAGUGCCUGGACGAUCUGCACGGCCGAGUUCAACGUGUCUGCUCUAAGGAUGUGGAAGAGGAUGAAGCUGCUGUACAGAAGCUGAGGGAAACUUUGAAGAGCUUCACGUCCAAGGCCAACAGCCUGUAAAGUCAGGAGGGAGGAUGGAGGCCUUUCAGAGACUAUGGAAGUGUGGGAGAGUUUCCCCCUGUCAUUUGGGUUUUUAAUUUGUUUUUCCAUCUUGAGAAUAAGAAACUUACUUUAUUUGUUCUGAAGAAGUUGUGGAAAUGUAUCAUAUGACUUAGAACCAUAGAUUAACAAAAAUGUCAGUUUUCUCUGUAUAAAUUAUUCAGCGGUGGGUUUUUUGCCAACACGGAUGCAUUUAAAUACAAGGUGGUUGCAUCAAGAUGGAGGUUUUGAAGUCUUAACGCAUGUCCUUUUAGGUGUCGUAUAACUUGUUUUGUGUAAUGUUUGUCGACACUUCAGUUUUUGCUAUUUUUAUGCCAAAUAAAAAUUACUUUUAAACCCUUAAA